UUCUCUUCUCGUCUCUUGUCUUCUCGAGCUCAGGCCGGCUCAGGCUCAGCUCGCCGUCGUCUUUUGGAGAAGAAGAAGAAGAGCUUGCUAGCUAGGUAGUUCGAGGUCGGUCUGUGAUCGGUUCAGUGAUGGAUCCGUGGAUCAGCAGCCAGCCAUCGCUGAGCCUUGACCUCCGCGUCGGGCUGCCGCCGUUGAGCCACCACCACCACCAGGCGCCGGUGGCGGCCGUCGCCAUGGUCAGGCCCAAGGUUCUCGUCGAGGAGAACUUCCUCCAGCCUCUCAAGAAAGACCCUGAGGUUGCGGCGCUGGAGGCGGAGCUGCAGCGGAUGGGCGCGGAGAACCGGCAGCUGAGCGAGAUGCUGGCGGCGGUGGCGGCCAAGUACGAGGCGCUGCAGAGCCAGUUCAGCGACAUGGUCACCGCCAGCGCCAACGGCGGCGGCGGCGGCAACAACCCCUCCUCCACCUCGGAGGGCGGCUCCGUCUCGCCGUCGAGGAAGCGCAAGAGCGAGAGCCUCGACGACUCCCCCCCGCCGCCGCCGACGCAGCAGGCGCCGCACAUCCACAUGAUGCCCAACGGCCUCGCCGCCGCCUCCUUCCCCGACCAGACGGAGUGCACCUCCGGCGAGCCAUGCAAGCGCAUCCGCGAGGAGUGCAAGCCCAAGAUCUCCAAGCUCUACGUCCACGCCGACCCAUCCGACCUCAGCCUGGUGGUGAAAGAUGGGUACCAAUGGAGGAAGUAUGGUCAGAAGGUCACCAAGGACAACCCCUGCCCAAGAGCCUACUUCAGAUGCUCAUUUGCUCCUGCCUGCCCUGUCAAGAAGAAGGUUCAGAGAAGCGCGGAGGACAACACGAUCCUCGUGGCGACGUACGAGGGGGAGCACAACCACGGCCAGCCGCCGCCGCCGCAGUCGGCGCAGAACGGCGACGGCUCCGGCAAGAAGCCGCCGCCCCACGCGCCAGCUGCUCCGGCGGCCGCGGCGCCGGUGGCAGCGCACCAUCGCCAGGAGCCACCAGCAGCGGCGGCCGCCGUCAACGGCGAGCAGGCCGCGGCGGCGUCGGAGCUGAUCAGGCGCAACCUGGCCGAGCAGAUGGCGAUGACGCUGACGCGUGACCCCAGCUUCAAGGCGGCGCUCGUCACCGCCCUCUCCGGCCGCAUCCUCGAGCUCUCGCCGACCAAGGAUUGAGCCGACAGACAUGGCGGAUCUCAUCAAUGCUUCUUGCAACCGCGGGCAUGGCUGGCCAUGGCCGGCGGCGACCAGAUCAAUUGACCGGCCAUCACGGCCAGAGCACGACGCGGCAUCCAUGGCGGAUCACCGGCGAGCUAGCUAGAAAUCGAUGAUUGUUGUAUAUAACCUAGAUUUUUUUUUCUUCUUUACACCAUUACACGAGGGAUCAAGAUCAAUACUAUAGACGAGGAACAGUUAACCUUUCAGGCCGGCGGCCAUGGGUGCAGUGAUCAACGACCAUCGACGGCGGCCGGACGUGAGCAAGACGAUUCAGAUAUAUAUUUGCGUCGACAAAAAAAUCCAUCGACACUUGUAACAUGUACAAGUAGGAAACAAAAAAUUGUUUUUCAAGAUCAGUUUGUAGUAGCAGCAGUACACUCCUUUGAGCAAACUAAACAAAAUUUGUUCCAUCCCGAAAGAAUUUGAAUUCUCCAUGCUGGGCUACAUUCUUUUC